ACAGACGUUUAGAAAUCGCGCAGUUUUUUUUUAAUUCAACAUCUGUUAUGGGUCAUAAUAACAGCAAGUCAAAGCAUAGCUAUAAUGUGGAAACUGCCAUGCAGAAGCCACAGGCACAGCCCCAGCCCCAGUCCAGCACCGUGCCAGUGGACGAUGCCAAAUCUAAGAUCAAGUUAUCCCCCCCACCGGCCGCCCCACCUGCCGUUGUCAAUUCCACGCCAGCGCCCGAAUGGAUUAAUGAAGCGCAAUUUGUGGAAAUACUCAAACAAACUGUGCCGCAGUUCUCAAAAAUUCAGAGCUUCAGCGUAAAGCCCGCCCUGGGCGCUGGCGAGAACUAUGCGGCGCUCAUGCUGAGAGUGAGCAUUCAGGCAGAGCUGACAGACAAAACCGUCAAGCCUAUUUCUUAUAUGAUGAAAGUGCCCCACGACUCGGCUCAAAUGCAAGAAAUGUUGCAAACGAUAAACUUCUUCGAUAUUGAAAAUGAGUGUUACAUUGAUCUGAUACCCAAAUUUGAGCAUUUGUACAAGACCAAAGGUUUGGAUAUAACCUUUGGGCCGCGCGCCUAUAGAUUCAAAGAGGGCCAGAAAACGGAGCCCAAACUGAAGAGUACGGUGCUUAUGUACGAUUUGGGUCAGGAUGGUUAUAGAAAUGUGAAUCGCCUGGAAUGCCUCGAUUUUGAACAGGCCAAAAUAGUGCUCUGCAAGCUGGCGCAAUAUCAUGCCGCAAGUGCCGCUUAUAAGAGCUUGCAUGGACCCUACUCAGAUACCAUUAUGCAUGGAAUGUUUGGCUCGAAUUCAGAAAAGGCUAUGGCUAUGAUGGACGCUAUGAUGAUACCCACACAGAAAAUGUUCGUGGAGAAUCUAAAGCACUAUGACAACUGCGAGCAAUAUCGCGACAAACUGGAAAAACACUUCUCUAAAAUGCACGAUAUGUUCGGAGCUCUGGCCCAGGCCAAUCCUAACGAAUUCAAUGUCAUCAAUCAUGGUGAUUGUUGGGUCAACAAUUUCCUCUUUAAAUUUGAUCCAAGUGGCCAGCUGCUCGAUAUGCUUUUUGUGGAUUUCCAGAAUCCCAGUUACGGUCAUCCUUCCGCAGAUGUGCUAUACUUUAUUAUGACAUCUGUGCACAUAGAUUACAAACUGAAGGAUUUCGACUAUUUUAUCAAAUACUAUCACGAUCAGUUGAUUAAACACCUUCAGCUGCUGGAGUAUAAGGAACGUUUGCCCAAAUUGGUGGAGCUGCAAAUGGAGAUGUACAAAUACGGCAGCUGGGCACUAAUGGCCAGCUAUUUGGUGCUGCCCGUGGUGCUGCUGGAUCCCACGGUAACGGCCACAUUUGAGAACUUCUUGGGCACCGGCGAAUCGGCGGCCGAUUUCAAGAAGCAAAUGUACACGAAUAAACGCUUCAAGCAUUACAUCGAACAGAUACUGCCCUGGCUGGAUAAUCGUGGUCUAUUGGAGGUUUAUGAACCACCGCAAGCUGUGCUAGCCCCGACAGUGCCCUCAACAAUUGCAAUGCCUGCGAAAGCCGAACUCGAUUCAAAUGUGCCCUCCUGGGUAAACAGCGAUCAAUUCAAGGAACUGCUCAAGAGCGGUUAUUUCGAUUUUAAGGAAAUUCUCAAUUUUCGUGUCAAAAAGGCCACCGAAGCCGGUGACAACUACUCAUCAAUUAUGCUCUCCGUGGAUAUUGAUUACCAAGCCGUAAAUGGUCAAAGUUCGAGUGCGUCUUUCAUGCUUAAAGUGCCGCCAAACAGUAAUGCAACAGCCGCAAUGCUUGACCUUAUGCUCACCUUCAAGAAGGAGUUGGCCAUGUAUAAUGAUGUCAUACCGCAGCUGGAGAAGCUUUACAAGCAGGCUGGUCAGCCCGUUGUCUUUGCCCCCAAGAGCUACAAGCUACAAAAUGCACCCAAGUCUGAUCACAUUCUGUUGGAGAAUCUGCGUCCAGCAGGCUUCAAGAAUGCGGAUCGCCUACAGGGACUGAGCAUAAAAGAAACGGAGAAGGUCCUGGACAAAUUGGCGCUGUUGCAUGCCGCAUCCGCACAGCUCUAUGUGACCAAGGGCCGCUAUGCAGAUUGCCUGGACAAGUCGCUGUACAACGAGUCCACACUCCCAUUUUUUGAGAACCCGCAAAGUAAAGACUUUGUGGCUUUAAAUACAGAGGCAGUGAGAAGCUUUAAGGGCAGCGAGAUCUUUGGCGACAAAGUGACCAAGAUCCUGGAGAACUUGUUCCAUUGGGAAGCCAAGGCAGGCAUCUAUGAUGAUACCCAAUUUAAUUGCCUCAAUCAUGGCGAUUGCUGGACAAAUAAUGUGAUGUUUAAAUAUGAUGCACAGGGCGAAAUUGUGGACACGCUCUUUGUGGACUUUCAGCGGUCGACCUUUAAUUCGCCCGCCCUGGAUUUGUAUUACUUUCUAUUGUCCUCGCCCAGUUUUGAUAUAAAACUCGAGAAAUUCGAUUACUUUGUGCGCUAUUAUCAUACGGAACUGCAGCGCAAUUUGGAACUGUUAAAGUAUCCCCGACACAUACCCAGCCUCAAGGAGCUGCACACCAUUCUGCUCAAGAAUCCCCUGUGGGCCACGACUACGGUUGCGACUGUCAUGUCGGCUGUGCUGCUCGAUCCCACCGCCAAUGCAAGCAUUGACACCAUGUUGGCCAGCGAUGAGGAGGGAAAACAGUUUAAGAAGAAGCUCUUCCAAAACGACAGGUAUCGCCAACAUGCUGAGGCCCUUUAUCCCUGGCUAGAUCACAGAGGACUCCUGGAUUUAGAGUAAGUUACUGUAAAUGUUACUGUUACAACUUAUUUUAAGUCCAAUUUGUUUUUGAUGUUUGAGUUAAAUAGUUAAUAAA